GAGGGCAUGAGAGAGAGAUAGUUGGGGGCACACGCAUGAGGGACAGGGAGAGAGAGAGAGACUGUUUAAACGCCAAUGCCAGUAUACGAUUCCUUGUCAGUCCACACACGCUGAUAUGAGCAACGCCAAGGAUUCCAUUCAUCAACUAGGCUUCACCCCGGUGGAUAUACACUGAUACAGCCGACUACAUAUCAUCUACUUCAUUCUCACUCACACUGAUGCAGGUUGAGCAGGAAUUGCAAACACUAUUUUUCGUGGAUGCUAAUGCGGUACAUUCUCAUGGAUUUCCAAUGUUAUAGUGAUUGGACUCAACCCCGGGAAAAGUAAAGGAAGGCGCCCAGGUGUAGCUGCUGAGCCUGCGUUGGACAUGGGACCGUAUCUUAGCUUUGGGGAAUACAGUGCGGAAGGAAUAGCGUCUUCGUGAAUGAAAGCUGACUUCGGGCUGAAGCGGGAAUCUGAGGCACUGCGCGCGCCAGAAAAAUGCGUUCCAACCACGGCUUUAUCUUGCUUCUCCUUAACGGAACAGCGUGCUUGCUGGCCCUGGGUCAAGAAGAUGACUCUCCAAGCCCCAAGAGCUCCUCAGCAGACGGGUCGUCCUCUAAGACGGUGGGUCUCCUGGGGAGUCAGACUCCCCUUUCCCCCCUGAGUCGCUGGAUGCUCCAGAGUAAAAGUCGGGCAGCCAAUGCCACCUCCCUGGAGCUGCCCUACCGCUCACCCAUUCCCUUCUCCAAGCAGGAGUUCUGGGAGAUGCUGGGUAGUGACCUGAUGAAGCCAGACACCUCCUCUUCCUCCCGCGUCAAACGCCGGCCCAUCGUCAAGACGGGCAAGUUCAAGAAGAUGUUUGGCUGGGGAGACUUUUACUCUAAUAUCAAGACGGUGCGUCUCAACCUGCUGAUUACCGGCAAGAUCGUAGACCAUGGCAACGGAACGUUCAGCGUCUACUUCCGCCACAACUCCACGGGCCAGGGCAACAUCUCAGUCAGCCUGGUGCCGCCGGUCAAGGCGGUGGAGUUUGACCUGGAGCGCCAGAGCGUGGUCUACCCCAAAGACUCUAAGAUCUUCAACUGCCGCGUGGACUAUGAGAAGGUGGACCGCAGCAAGCGCACGUCGCUGUGCAACUACGACCCGUCCAAGACCUGCUUCCAGGAGCAGACACAGAGCCAUGUCUCCUGGAUCUGUUCCAAGCCCUUCAAGGUCAUCUGUAUCUACAUCUCCUUCUACAGUACAGACUACCGCCUGGUCCAGAAGGUCUGCCCGGACUACAACUACCACAACGAGAUGCCCUACCUGCCCUCGGGCUAGAGGGGGACACACAGGAGGGGGAGAGGAGGGGCGAGGGCAGGAGUGACUCUGUAGGGUGAGGGGCCACCAGAUUGAGCUGGAUUAAACGUUUUAUGUAAUUUGCUCCAACGCCUCACCAGACAACCCCUCGCUGUAGCCAGACUACUGUACCCUGUAAAAACGUAUAUAUGCAACAAAUACAGUAUGCACACAGUGAGGCAUUGAUAUUUAGAGUGCUGUCAUGAAGCAUUCAUCGACAGGAACAGUAGUAACUAGCACGCCCAACAUCAUCACACACGUUUACCUCAACUCAAACCUCUAAUUUCGCUACCUACUUUGCUAAAUACAGAAAACACCUACAAACAUCUAUGAAUGUUUUCGUGAACUACUGCACACUGUCAUUCAGGUGAGGUAGCACUUUUAAAAGGGCACCUUCCAUUUGUUGCUGUAUGGACCCUUGUCCCAAUCUUUCCCACUGCUUCCAUAUUCCACCCCUCUCCACCCCUAUGUCAUCCCGAUAGGCUAUCCCACCCAAUGUUUAUUCUAAAGGUAUGACAUUCUAUCAAAGAAAGAAAGAAAGAAAGAAAGAAAGAAAGAAAGAAAGAAAGAAAGAAAGAAAGAAAGAAAGCAA